CCGACAAAUAACAUCUACUUCCAGCACGUCCAAAUUGACCCUGAGCCUAUGGAUAUGGCAUCAGAAGCAGACCUCAAAGCCUUCAUCGGCCGCCAUCGUGAACUACUCUCAAAGGAACGCGACGCAGAGAUCGAGCGAAGCGCUCUGCUGCUCACAAACUGCGGCCCAAAACUUCUGGAACAAAAAGGGCUUGCAUUGGGGAGUCUUGGUGUGGUUGGAAUCAACAUAGGCCUAGGCGGGAAAACAUUAGUCGAACUGGAGCGUCCCACAGCGUUUCACACUUCACAGUCAUUUCCUCCUCAUAACUUCAGACCCGGAGACCUCGCUCGCAUCGAAGAGAAUGUAUCCUCGAAUGCUGCUGCCAAAAAAUCUGCAAAAAGUAAGAAGGUUGCAUCUGCUGGCGCUGAAAGCUCCCAUACUGCAGAAGGUGUGGUAUACAAAGUGUCAGAUACCCGCAUCGUCAUUGCAGUGGACCCUUCAGAUUCCAGAUCAGACGAUCUUGACCUUCCUGAGCGUUGUCGAGUGCUCAAGUUGGCCAAUAGCGUCACUUAUGACAGAAUGGAUAAAGCACUUGGCCAAUUGGAAAAAAUCAGCAUUCCUUCAUCGAGACAGGCAACUAAACCAUAUAGCUCCGCUUCCAGUGACAAAGGUGACUAUGAGCUGACACCUCUCAUCCGAGUUUUACUCGGAAUAUCACCACCCUCUGAAAAGAUUCCUAUUGCGGAGCUUAAGUUCUUCGACGAUUCUCUGAACCCGAGCCAGCAGAAGGCUGUCAAGUUCGUUCUUGAAUCCCGGGAAGUCGCUUGUAUCCAUGGGCCACCUGGGACAGGGAAAACACAUACCUUAAUUGAAAUCAUACGCCAACUCACCUCUCCUUCGGAGCAUAGCGCCAAUGAGAAACAGCAGCGCAUCCUUGUGUGUGGCGCUUCCAACCUAUCUGUCGAUAAUAUCCUAGAGCGUCUUCUUGCCAUACCACCCCCUGAGAAGGGCAAGAGAACACCCUUGACAACUACCCGCAUAGGCCAUCCCGCGCGCGUAAUGGCUAAUCAGGGCGUCUUAGAAGCAACGCUAGAAGUGAAGGCCAACAAGAGCGAUCAAGCGGCACUUGCAAAGGACGUCAAAUCUGAGAUUGAAUCAACGCUCGAUGUGCUUGCUGGGAAGGGGAAAGGCUCCAAGAAACCGAGAGGUUCGGAACGGAAAAAGAUGUGGGAGGAGGUAAAGGCUCUCAGGAAGGAAUAUAGGCAGCGCGAAGGCGGAGUCGUCAAGACUGUCCUCGGAGAGUCUCAGGUCGUCCUUGCUACAUGUCAUUCAGCUGGUAGCAGGCAGCUCCGUGACCACAAGUUUGAUGUAGUCAUUAUUGACGAGGCAACACAAGCGCUCGAAGCAGUGUGCUGGAUCCCGGUAUUCAAGGCGAGAAAGCUCAUAUUGGCGGGCGACCCGAUGCAAUUACCACCUACAAUUCUCUCUAUCGACAAACACAAGAAGAAAACAUCGGAGACUGCGACACCAAAAAAAAGUGCAAGUACUGCGAAUGAUCAGAAGAAGUCGCAAGAGUCGACAGCAUCAAAACCUCAGCUGCCUGAAGAAGAUGAAGGCACGAGUUCCAGUGAUGCAGAUUCCGAAGCGGAGUCGGUCAAAGGAGACAAAAUCAUGGCACAAGACGCGACAAUCGAAGUAUCCGAAGGAGGAUCACAGUCGAAUCCAAAGCCUGAAAAAAAAACUCAAAAGGAGGCAAAGGGACGAACUGGCUUGCGACCACCUCGUACAUUAGAAACAACACUCUUUGACCGGCUCGAAAGGAUGUAUGGUCCAGAUAUAAAACGCUUGCUCAAUGUCCAAUACCGCAUGCACUCGCAGAUUUGCCAAUUUCCUUCCAAAACGCUCUACGCAUCAAAGCUCGUGUCCCAUCAAUCUGUAAGAUCUCAUCUCCUCAAGGACCUACCCAGUACCAGCGCCUUUACUUCCUCUGAAGACGAGGACACCAUCAAAGAAAUACUGGGAACGCCAGUCGUGUUUUAUGACACUGCGGGUUGCGAAUACUUCGAGCGAGUAGACGGAGGUAGCGACGAAGGCAGUCGCUGCAACGAGAACGAAGCAGCUGUGGUGUCAAAAUGGGUUGAAAGGCUGGUGGGAGCUGGAUUGCUGCCAUCACAAAUUGCCCUGAUCACUCCGUACCAAGCACAAGUUACUCUUCUCACUUCCUUGCUUAGACCAGUGUAUGGUCUUGAGCUUGAGAUUGGAACAGUUGAUGGGAUGCAGGGGCGAGAGAAGGACGCUGUCAUUAUUAGCUUGGUGCGCAGUAACGACAAGCGCGAAGUUGGGUUUCUGAAAGAGAAGAGACGUAUGAAUGUUGCCAUGACUCGAGCCAAGAGGCACUUGUGUAUUGUGGGCGAUUCGUCGACUGUGAAACAUGGCAGCCCGUACUUGAAGAAAUGGCUUGCUUGGCUCGAGGCAAAUGCGGAUGUGAGGUUUGCGGAGUUUGAUUCCAUCUAA